AUGCCAAAACUAUCGUCACUAACACUGGCUAUGAGAUUACGCGGUCAGAUGGUUCAUAAUGCUUUUGAGCAAGCCAUUGCCAAACUUGCAAACGAGUUGAAAGAACACAAGACUCUGACUGAACUUGAUCUUGGAUCCAAUAACCAAAUAUCCGCGAGAGGAGGUGAAGCACUAGCAGAAGCACUGAAAGUAAACAACACGCUCAUCAAACUUGAUCUUUCAGGCAAUCAAAUAUGCGAUAUAGGAUGUGAAGCACUAGCAGAAGCACUGAAAAUAAACAGCACUCUCACCAAACUUGACCUUGCAAUGAGCCAAAUAUCCAAGAGAGGAUGUGAAGCACUAGCUGAAGCACUGAAAGUAAACAGCACUCUCACUCAAAUUUAUCUUAAUGACAACAAAAUAUUCGAUAGAGGAGUUGAAGCACUAGCAGAAGCACUGAAAGUAAACAACACCCUCACUAAACUUGACCUUGCAAUGAACCAAAUAUCCGAGCGAGGAGGUGAAGCACUAGCCGAAGCACUGAAAGUAAACAGCACUCUCACUCAACUCCAUCUUGCAGGCAACCAAAUAUGCGGUAGAGGAGGUGAAGCACUAGCUGAAGCACUGAAAGUAAACAGCACUCUCACUCAACUUCGUCUUGGACGCAACGAAAUAUCCGAUAGAGGAUGUGAAGCACUAGCAGAGGCACUGAAAGUAAACAACGCUCUCACUCAACUUCAUCUUAAAGGCAACCGAAUAUCCGAUAGAGGAGGUGAAGCACUAGCUGAAGCACUGAAAGUAAACAGUACUCUCACUCAACUUGAUCUUGCGGAGAAUGAAAUAGCCGAGAGAGGAGGUGAAGCACUAGCUGAAGCACUGAAAGUAAACAACACGCUCACUAAACUUUAUCUUGCGGAAAACCGAAUAACCGAGAGAGGAGGUGAAGCACUAGCUGAAGCACUGAAAGUAAACAACACACUCACUCAGCUUUAUCUUAAAUUCAACAAAAUAUCCGAUAGAAUUGAUGAAGCACUAGCAGAAGCACUGAAAGUGAACACAACUCGCACUCAACCAGAUAUUUGUAAGACGUACUAA